AUGCAGUUCUUGGCUUCUAUGGACGCGGCACGAGCAGUGACUCCGCCCAAUGUGGGUCAGCUGCCCGGACAACCGCAUCCUGUAUUGUCACAUAUCCUUCCACCACCGCCACCGCCAGUGCCAGCGUUUCCACCACGUACCAACGUCGCUACUGCGACGACACCAUGCGGCCGAACUGCGAACUUUGGCGCCGGUGGCAGUUUGUUUGGCACUAACAGUCAGACUCGAACGCAACUACGCCCACAUCCAAGUUGGCCGUUGGAACCGUCGACGUUCUUUAGAGAAAAGACGGACGAGUUCCGCACACCGAGUCCGGUCGACGCGGUCACGCUUCCAGGCGCUAAAGGUUCUUGGGACGAGUUGUCCACUCCAGCUCGAAGUUCGUGCGGUUACGUGUCGGGCGGUUCGACACCGUCUGGUUCAUCGCCGUUCUCGACGGUGUCGUCAUCGUCACUCCAUCUCAAUCUUACCGAUGACGACCGCGACUUCGACCUCUUCAAUCUGACUGUCGGAUUCGACCACAUUGCACAGGAUCUGGCCAAGACUCUAGAACUGUGGUAG